AUGGGACAACAACCCGUGCGUGUGUACUGCAAGGGCGUCAUAUUAGGCUACCGUCGGUCACAGAGACGACAAUACCCGAAUCAAACGCGGAUCCAGAUUGAAGGCGUGCGCACGCGCGACGAGACGACGUUCUAUGCGGGCAAACGCGUGGCCUACGUCUACAAGGCGAAACGAGCGCGGACGACGACGCGAGGGCGAGUUACCCGGUACCGUUGCAUCUGGGGCCGGAUCAUCGCGCCACACGGUAGCAGUGGUUGUGUGCGGGCCAAGUUCGCAACAAACCUCCCCCCGAGCGCUAUCGGCAAGGCUGUGCGCGUCAUGCUCUACCCCAGUCGAGUGUAG